CGCUAAAAGAAAUGGGCUCUCUGUCAAGAAAAAAACACUAAAAAAUGGCUGAGACGAGUCAGCACUCCACAAGCAACAACCCCCAUCGCGGCCAGGCCAUCACCGGUGAUGGGGCAGAGGCAAACCAAGGUCACCAAUCAAGACGCGGCCAGACACGCGACGCGGCAUCCGCGCGGCGACCAGGAGGAGACAGAAGCCACUGGCAGGCGCCGCCCACUGACCACGCCGGCCGCCGCCAUGGACACCUUCUUCCUGUCCCACGGCUCGCCCAUGGUCUCCAUCGACGAGACGAUCCCGGCCCGGAAAUUCUUCCAGUCGUGGCUCCCCGCGGCCGUCGCCGGCCCGGGGACGCCGCGCGCCAUCCUGGUGGUCUCGGCCCACUGGGAGACCGCCACGCCGGCGGUCAACGUCAUCCGCGGGAACAACGACACCAUCUACGACUUCGGCGGCUUCCCCAGGCCCAUGUACCAGCUGAAGUAUCCUGCACCAGGCGCCCCUGAUCUGGCGAAGAAGACGAAAGAGCUCCUGGAGCAAGCCGGGUUCGGCCCCGUGAAAGAGGACCAUACUCGCGGGCUCGACCACGGCGCGUGGGUGCCGCUGAUGUUCAUGUACCCGGAGGCCAACAUCCCCGUGUACCAGCUCUCCGUGCAGACCCACCGAGACGGCACCUACCACCACAACCUCGGCAAGGCGCUGGCGCCUCUCCGGGAGGAAGGCGUCCUCGUCCUCGGCUCCGGCAGCGCCACGCACAACCUCCGCAAGAUGGGCCCCUCCGGCUCGCCGGUGCCCAAAUGGGCCUCCGACUUCGACACCUGGCUCAAGGACUCGCUUCUGGACGGCAGGCACGAGGACGUGAACCGCUACGAGGAGAAGGCGCCGUCGGCGAAGGUGGCGCACCCUUCGCCGGAGCAUUUCUACCCGCUGCACGUCGCGCUGGGCGCGGCGGGGGCACAGUGCAAGGCGGAGCUCGUCCACCACAGCUGGGACGAGGGCAGCCUCUCCUACGCCUCGUACCGCUUCACCCCCGAGAACUGAUGGCCUCGAGGCCCUAUCGCACUCUCCGCCUGCAAAUGCAAUGGUCGUGUAUUUGUUUCUAACGAUACUACGAGUCUGCGAGAUACUCCCUCCGGGCUUCAAAAGGAACAAUGUACAUUCAGACCGGCCUUGAGAUUCAAGGGGACCUGGACGAACUGCAAACAACAAAUGACUAUUUGAGUAGCUCUUCCGGAGAGCCUAGAAAUAAUGUGGUGAUUGCUAUGUGUGAAUGAUUGUGGUGCGUGUGUAUAACAAAGUGUACAAUUUUUUUGGGGGGCGGCUAGGGAGUGCGCGAGCACUUUUUGACAUAAAAGGUGUGUCCCGACAGAUUUCUAUCC